AUGUCGGAGCCAAAUAUCGCCAGAUCAUUGGCGCCUGCUCCUCCUGGCUUCCAGCGCAGACCGAGUGCAGAGCUACCCAGACAGCGGAAGAACAUAUCAACAGCUUGCACUGCUUGCAAAGCCCGAAAGUGGAAGUGCACCGGAAAAGUUCCGUGCAACAACUGUAUUCGGAGUAACACUGAGUGUGUCAUAGACGAGUCGAACGACAAUCGUCGCCGAUUUGCCCUGAAACGCAAGCUGGAGGAGCUCACUAAAGAGAAGAACCUGCUCGAUCAGCUGGUCGAGACUCUGCGCUCCAGUUCCAACGAACAUGUUGUGCGACUAUUAGACCUUAUCCGGAACAAAAGGACGUCGCUAGAAGAGAUCAAAAUAUACCUUGAUGGAAAAGCAACCGACAGUGAAGUUGAGAUGACCCCCGAGUUGCAGGAAGUUCAUGAUCGCCUCGAGGCAAGAGCGAGCAAGCGGUCCAGUCGUCGUUUGCUGGAUGUUGCAUGGCUUUCGAAUAUCCCGGUUGUUGAAGUGCCAGCCCACCCAUGGACGACGGUCACAGAUGAUGACGGUCUAGUAUCGUUUUUAAUCUCUCUCUGGUUGACAUGGAGUCACCCUUUUUGUAACUGGAUUGACCGUGAUUUGUUUAUUCGAGACAUGCGAUCAAAGGACACAAAUUCGACUUUCUGCUCUCCAUUCUUGGUUAACAGUAUCCUAACCAAGGCUUCGUUCUACUGUGACUAUCCUGAGGUGUUUGAACAUGUAAACGAUCCAGAAUCCAGAGGUAUGCACUUCUAUAGAGAAGCGAAGCAACGGUUCGAAAACGAAGACGGCAGAAUCACCAUUUCCACAAUUCAGGGAUAUGCCACCUUACUAACAAGCAUGGCUCUCAUCGGAAAAGACCGACUUGUCUGGCUUUCGCUUGGCCAGUUGGGACGAAUGGUCGCUGAUAUCUCCUCGUCCAACCCGCCAAUGCAACUACAUGGUAAUGAAAAUAAGCGUGCUGAAGGAAGAGCCAUUGAUAACACAAUUUGGGGAGUGUACAAUCUUACUGCAAUGUUUUCGACCAUUUUCAUGAAACCUCUUGACCAAGAGAAACCCCUAAGACCCCGUUUGCCCUCUGACCACGAUGAUGACGAUGCUGCUGAUGUGGCAUGGAGUCCGUAUCCUCGCCACGGAGAUGACCAACCGUCUCAUCUCGCAUGUGUCUUUAACAGCCUUUGUAAACUCAAUGAGUUGAAUGUUGAAGCUAUUCGACGGCUUUAUCAGGACGAAUCACGCAAGGCGAUAUCUCGCCCGGGUAUGGAGAUUGUCAUUAGCUCCAUAUUGCCGCGGUUACAGGCAUGGUACAUUGGUUUGCCCAAGUGUGUCCAGGAAGGGCAAUCGGCGCUCCCGCAUAUUCUAGAUUUGCACAUGUAUUACCAUGCUACGAUCAUCGUCUUGUUCGGACUGCUCAAGACGUCCUAUCGGUAUCCGUCAUCCCCAGUGAUCAUCACCCCCAAGAAAGCGCGGGAGACUUGUGUAGAGUCAGCGCAUCAAGUUGCUCAAAUGAUUCGACUUUAUCGUUCGAAAUGGGGCAUUGAGUUCAUCUCUGGCACAGCUGUCUAUUGGUUAUCGAUCGCAUUCUUCGUACUGCUCGAUGAGCUACAGGAUCAGUCGAAUCAUAAAGCAUUUAUCGACCUCUUCUCCGUGGCAAAGGUGCUUUCGAAGCAAUGGUUUCUUAUGAAGGGCAUUCUGCGAAUGCUUCAGCUUACGGCAAGACAGAUGCAUAUUAGCCUACCUCCAGAGACAGAACCUCUUCUCCGGGACUUUGAGACAAAUAUGUGGCGCCAGGAAAGCGGCCGCAGAAAGCUUAGCAGUGCCUUUCCUAAUUUUUUAUUGUUGUUCCGGCGUGUAACGGACGAGGGAGGCGGGUUACAUAACCCGAUUGAUUUGGAUCAGUAUUUGGAGAAGUUGGAUGAAGUUUCGAAGCCGUAG